AUGUCACCAGAUGCAACUAUUUUCAAAACCUUAGAUAAAACCUGCAAAACCAAAGUGAAAGUUGGGAAUGGUCAGUUCAUAAAGGCUGAAGGAAAAGGGGAUGUGCUAAUUUGCACUCCUGCAGGUGGAAAAGUCAUUUCAAAUAUGCUCCUAGUAUCUGAAAUUGAUAGGAACCUUCUCAGUAUAGCUCAACUGCUCGAGAAAGGCUACUCAGUGGUGUUCAAAGGGAAAGAAUGCAAAAUUUCUGAUCCAAAUGGAUCAAGCUUCAUGACAGUCACCAUGACUGAUAAAUGCUUUGAAGUUGAUUGGCCAAAUGACUCACACUUAGCCUGUACUACCUCCAUUGAUGACUCCAAGCUUUGGCACCAAAGGCUUGGACAUGCAAACUUCAAAUCAAUGGCUCAAAUGGUCAAUGAAGGUUUGGCUGAAAAUUUCACCAACUCAGUGAAGAAUGAUGAAGUCUAUGAGAUUUAUUUCUUGAAACAAAAAUCAGAAGUGGCCCCUGUGUUUUUGAAGUUUAAAGUUGUUGCUAAAACUGAAACUGGCUGCAAGCUUAAGACACUAAGGUCGGAUAAUGGAACUGAGUACACCUCAGCUCAGUUUCAAGCAAAAUGUGAAGAUGCAGGCAUUAAACAUCAGCUGACAAAUGUCUAUACACCUCAACAAAAUGGGGUCAAUGAAAGAAAAAAUAGAAGUUUGAUGGAUAUGGCUAGGUGUCUUCUGUUUGAGAAGAAUUUGCCCAAAACCUUAUGGGCUGAGGUAGUAAACACUGCUGUUUAUCUUCAAAAUAGACUUCCAACUAAGGCCCUAGCUCAGAAAACUCUAUUUGAAGCUUGGUUUGGAUUCAAGCCAUCACUGGCUCAUCUCAGGACCUUUGGUUGCACAUGUUAUGCACAAGUUCCAGCUAUGAAAAGAGAUCAAGUUGAAAUUGAUCAAGACAGUUUUGAAAUGGAUGUUGAUGAUGAACCAGUCAGGGGCACUCAACCAUUGACUGAUAUUUAUGAAAGAGCUCAAGUAGUCAUAGUUGAACCAAGUUGUUUUGAAGAGGCUAAAGGUUAG